CUUGCCAUUUACCAGAACUUCUGCACGCAGCGGAACAGACUGAGAUUUGAUCGGACCCACAGCUUCUGGUCUCAGAUGGCCGAGCAUCCGGAACCGCCGGCUGCACAACCUUCGUCGCCGACUCCCGAUGGGGCCGAUCGCUCCCCCUCCGCCCCAGCUGACCCGCCAACGCCCCCCCUGCUGGCGUUCGAUCCCAGUCGAAUGAUCGGCAUAAUCAGAAGGAAAGCCAUGGUAAAGGACUUAGCUGCAGCGUACCAUGCAGAAUGUCUUGCAUCUUGCCAAGAACUCUCGGAGCUUCAGAAGAAAUGGGAUGAGCCUUACAUAGAGCUAAAACCUCCUGAGGAGAACCGGAAAGAACCGUCGAGACAUUCCAAACGCCAGAAGAAAUCUCGUUAGGGUAUAUAUUUUAGCAUCAACAUGCCUUGGCCCCUGAAACUAGAUAUAUCAAUGGCGUACAUAAUAUUCUUAUGGAUUUUGGUUUGUAUACAAGGUUUCGGAGCUCUUAUAUUUGUCAGGAGCAAUCAUGGAGGUGUUGCUCUGGUGGAAGUCCUUUUUCCCUACUUUAGAGCCUUAAUUCUCAGGAAAACAUAGCGAAUUCUCGGAAUCUUUUUGGCAGUUUGUUGUUUCUGGUUUUCUGCAAACUGCAGACCUUUGCAAUCGGAGAUCUGUGGAACUCUUGCUAUCAUUGACAAGAAAUGAGAGUGACAAAAUAUAAAGAAGAUUUCAGAAGGAA